AUGGCUACAAGUGUUAAAAGAAAGGCAUCUGAGACUUCUGACCAGGAUAUUGCUAAAGCGCACAAGAAACAUGCUAUCCAGGACAGCAAUAGCAACAAUGGACUUAAAGAAAAGGAACACAGUAAUCAAACCAUCAACGAGCACGUACUGCGUGAGCAAGAAAAUGAUGACGAAGGUGAUGCUUCACCAAAAAACAACGAAAUAGCUACAAAAAGUACUACCUUACAUCACGCUGGAAGGGCAACUGCAACUGAGUCCCAUGAUAUUCACAUAGCUAGGGAGACCGCUGAGUUAUUUAAAUCUAAUAUUUUCAAGUUACAAAUUGAUGAGUUACUGGAGCAAGUGAAAUUAAAGGAAAAGCAUGUCCUGAAAGUGGAGAAAUUUUUACACAAGUUAUAUGAUAUUCUUCAAGAGAUUCCUGAUUGGGAGGAAAAGACAUUGGCCGAAGUAGACUGCUUCUUCAAAAACAAGAUGGUUUCCGUUCCGUUUGUUGACCCCAAACCUAUACCUCAAAGUACUAAUUAUAAAUUCAAUUACAUGAAACCUGACGUCUCCUUAAUUGGCUCCUUUGCUCUUAAAGCCGGAAUUUAUCAACCCAACGGUUCUUCAAUUGAUACUUUGCUAACUAUGCCAAAAGAGUUGUUUGAAAAGAAAGAUUUUUUGAAUUUCAGAUGUUUACACAAGAGAAGCGUUUAUUUAGCAUACUUAACUCAUCAUCUGUCAAUAUCGUUGAAGAAGGAUAACUUAGAUUCAUUUUUGCAGCUCGAGUAUUGUUAUUUUGACAAUGACCCACUUUUGCCAAUUUUAAGAAUCUUUUGUUCCAAACCAACAAACGAUUCUCCAUCUGAGUAUAAUUUUUACAAGACAAGAUUUUCUAUCAAUUUGGUUAUUGGUUUCCCGUACAAAGCUUUUGAGCCGAAAAAACUGUUACCUAAUAGAAACUGUAUUAGAAUAGCACAAGAAAGCAAAGAAUUAUCUUUACCAGCUACUCCUCUUUACAAUUUUUCAGUAUUAUCUUCAACAACUCAUGAAAACUAUCUGAAAUAUUUAUACAAGACGAAGAAACAUACAGAAUCUUUCAUCGAAGCUACUAUAUUAGGUAGAUUAUGGUUACAGCAACGUGGGUUUUCAUCUAAUAUGUCUCAUUCUGGUUCAUUAGGAGGAUUCGGAACUUUCGAGUUUACUAUCCUAAUGGCAACAUUAUUGAAUGGUGGUGGUGUCAAUAGCAACAAAAUUCUUCUUCACGGAUUUUCAUCUUACCAAUUGUUUAAGGGUGUAAUAAAAUACUUGGCUACAAUGGACUUAUGUCACGACGGUCAUUUACAAUUUCAUUCUAACCCAGAGAAUUCUUCUAGUACACCAGCUUCUAAGUAUAUUAAGGAAGGUUUUCAAACUCCAACCUUAUUUGAUAAAUCUACCAAGGUUAAUAUUCUUACUAAAAUGACUGUUUCCUCUUAUCAAGUUUUGAAAGAAUACGCUGGCGAAACAUUAAGAAUGUUAAACAAUGUUGUUCAAGACCAAUUCUCAAAUAUCUUCCUAACCAAUACCAGCCGUUUUGAUAACUUGAAAUAUGAUUUGUGUUAUGAUGUACAGUUACCUCUAGGAAAGUACAAUAAUUUGGAAACUUCUUUGGCUGCGACAUUUGGUGCAAUGGAAAGAGUCAAGUUUAUUACUUUGGAGAACUUUCUUGCACACAAGAUAACAAACAUUGCAAAAUACGCAUUGGGGGACAGAAUCAGAUUUAUCCAAAUCGAGAUGGUUGGCCAAAAAUCUAAUUUUCCCAUCACCAAAAGGAAAGUGUAUUCAAACACAGGAGGAAACCAUUUUAACUUUGAUUUCGUAAGAUUGAAGUUAUUAGUUAAUCCUGCUGAAUGUGAGAAAUUGGUCACUAAAGGCCCUGCUCACUCCGAAACUUUGUCUACUGAAGCCGCUGUCUUUAAGAAUUUCUGGGGAAUCAAAUCCUCUUUAAGAAGAUUCAAGGAUGGUUCUAUUACUCAUUGUUGCGUUUGGUCCACAUCUUCAUCAGAACCCAUUGUUUCCUCAAUUAUUGAAUUUGCAUUGCAGAAGCAUAUUUCAAAAAAGGCACAAGUAUCGAACAAAACCACCAAACAGCUUCAUAAUUUCUUACCGCUACCAAACUUACCUUCCAGUGCCAAAACAUCUGUUUUGAACUUAAGCAGCUUUUUCAACUUGAAGAAAUCCUUUGACGAUCUUUACAAAAUAGUUUUCCAAAUGAAAUUACCGCUCUCUGUAAAAUCAAUCUUACCAGUUGGCUCCGCAUUUAGAUACACUUCCUUAUGCCAACCAGUUCCAUUCGCAUACUCAGAUCCUGAUUUCCUUCAAGACGUCAUUUUGGAAUUUGAAACCUCACCUAAAUGGCCCGAUGAAAUCACUUCUUUGGAAAAGGCUAAGACAGCUUUCCUACUAAAGAUUCAAGAAAACUUAAGCAGCAAUUGCCCAACGUAUAAGUCGUUUUUCAGCAGAGAUGAAUCCAUUCCGUAUAAUUUAGAAAUUGUAACUUUGAACAUCUUGACACCAGAAGGCUAUGGAUUCAAAUUCAGGGUUUUAACUGAAAGAGAUGAAAUCCUUUAUUUGAGAGCUAUAGCGAAUGCUAGGAAUGAGCUAAAGCCAGAAUUAGAGAAGACUUUCCUAAAGUUUACAGCAAAAUACCUGGCUUCCGUAAGACAUACACGUAAUUUGGAGAAUAUAUCCCACUCGUAUCAAUUCUACUCUCCUGUAGUAAGAUUAUUCAAAAGAUGGUUAGACACUCAUCUGUUGCUGGGUCAUAUAUCUGAUGAGCUGGCCGAGUUACUUGCCAUCAAACCUUUUGUUGAUCCAGCACCGUAUUUCAUUCCUGGUUCUGUUGAAAAUGGUUUCUUAAAAGUGCUAAAGUUCAUAAGUCAGUGGAACUGGAAAGAUGAUCCAUUGAUUUUAGACCUAGUUAAACCAGAAGAUGAUAUAAAGGAUAUGCUUGAGACUAGUAUUGGUGCUGGCUCAGAUUUGGAUUCCAACACGAUAAAGAAACUUUCCGAAAGGCUAACCUUAUCACAGUAUAAGGGCAUUCAAAUGAACUUCACUAAUUUGAGAAACAGCGAUCCAAACGGUACUCAUCUACAGUUCUUUGUUGCCUCUAAAAACGAUCCAAGUGGUAUUUUAUAUUCAUCUGGUAUCCCACUUGCCAUUGCCACAAGGCUAACAGCACUAGCUAAAGUAGCCGUGAAUCUAUUACAGACACACGGGUUAAAUCAGCAAACCAUCAAUUUAUUAUUCACACCUGGAUUAAAAGACUACGAUUUUGUCAUUGACUUGAGGACACCGGUAGGUUUAAAACCCUCUUGUGGUAUUCUUUCGGCUUCAGAGUUCAAAAAUAUCACUAAUGAUCAAGCUCCAUCUGCAUUUCCGGAGGAUUUGAAUGAAUUAAGUGAAAAAAUGGAUCCAACAUAUCAAUUGGUGAAGUAUUUGAAUUUGAAGUAUAAAAACAGUUUGAUUUUAUCGAGUCGUAAGUAUAUAGGUGUAAAUGGUGGGGAAAAAGGUGAUAGAAACGUUAUCACGGGGUUGAUAAGACCGCUGUUCAAAGAAACCCACAAAUUUAAAGUGAACUUAGAUUGCAACAUUAAACCUGUAGAUGAAGAUAAUGUUGUUUUAAAUAAAGAAGCCAUAUUCCACGAGAUUGCCGCAUUCGGGAACGAUAUGGUGACAAAGUUUGAAAUAGAUUAA